AUGAAAAUCAAAACAUCGAUCGCCAAUGGUGAAAUCGUAAUUCCUCAUCAAAAAUUUCAUAAUUGUGAGAUACCUGAAUGCCUUACGAUAGCAAAAAAUUAUUUUGCGUUGACAACGAUUUUGAAUAACACUACUAAGCCUGUUACAUUAAAUUUUUCUCAGCCGAUUUCAAGAAAACGCUAUAACGCGUUAACAGAGAUUGCGAUAGUUCCCAGGAAUCAUAGGAAUCCAUGGUACGAUAACGUUGAAGAAUUUAGAAAAUAACCUAGGGUUGAUACCCAUGAAAUUAGGGACCGCCAAAAUCACAAAAAAUUGUCACUCAAUACUGUAUUUUUACGACGUCAAUUUAAUAAUCACUGAAGUUAAUGACCUUAAGAAAAAACCGAAUAUGUUGCGAAAUUAUCCAGGAAAUAUAUUGAGCACUAUAAACACUCAGCAAAUUACCUCAAUGUUUUGUAUUUCUUAGAAAGAAAAGUAGACGGAAAGCUAAAUGACAUUUUUCCCUCUACUUACGAAACUGUUCCAUCAUUCUCUGUUAGAAUAAAAAGAGGAUUAAUAAACGGCUUAGGUUCAAUUUUCAAAGCAAUCACAGGAAACCUGGAUGCUUCAGAUGGUGAACAAUUCGAGUCUCUAAUAAGCGAUUUGCAGAAUAAUCAAAACAAGUUAUCAGAAGCUAUCAAUAGUCAGAGUACCUUAUCUGUCGAACUUAUCGAUAAUUUCAAUAAAACUGUAAGUCAGAUUACUCAUAACCAAAAGCUAUUGGAAGCUAAAAUAAAUCAGCUUUCAACAGCUAUGAUUAACACACAAGCCUACAUAGAAAAUGGCACUUUCUUGAGAGAUACAAUCUCAGAGAUCAUGAAUAUCUAUCAUAUCAUAAUUUCAGUACUCCAGGAUAUAGAAAACUCACUUACUUUUGCAAAAUUGGGAAUUAUGCACCCCAGUGUAAUCAAACCAAAACAUUUACUUCAAGCACUAAACUCAGUGGUAUUAAAACUAUCCACAAAGCAACUGACUUUAGAAGUUACUUUGGAUAAUAUCCCGAUUUUUGAAAAGCUCAUUAAAAUCAGAUGUUAUACAGUUGAUAGAAAAAUAACAUACAUUCUUCAAAUUCCAAUUGUUCAUACAUUCCAAUUUGAUUAUUAUCACUUACAUUCAAUUCCAACCUUUCAUACGAGUCUGUUCAAAGUAGUCAUCCCUUCUGGAAAAUAUCUUGUAAAGAAUGAGUUGUAUUUCGCUUUUGCGGGAGACGCAUGCACGGAAACGAUCGCAAAACAGUACGUUUGCAAGGAACUAGAUUUAAGAAGAAUCAAAGAAUCCAAUCCAAAGUUCAACUCCUGGUACAAAAAACUCCCACUACCCGCCGAGAAGUAGAAGCCGUAAUCACAGAGCCAGUAAUGAAGAAACUGCAUGAUUUCGGACAAUGGAUCUUGCUUAUACCCAAUGAAACCACCAUUACAUUAAGCUGCCAAGAAACAGUCAAAGUUUUGGGAUCCUACUUAGCCGAAAUUCCAGUCGGUUGUACACUGGAACUAAAUCAAGACCUGAUCGCCAAUCAAGAGCCUAUAUCGAUUGGAAGUCAGCCAAUUAUUUUUCCAAAUAUCGAUACCAAUACUUCAAUUGCUACCAAGCCGAAUGACUUCAGCCUUCAUCUACACCAGAUAGAAUUUGAUGAAGUUCACAACGUAAAAAGAAGAUUAAUAGAAAAUCGUGUUGACAUCCAUUCACAUAAGGUAUCGCACAUUCCCAGGUGUUGGACAAUCCUGUUGUAUGGAGUACUGCUGCUGCUACUUUGCUGUUUGGCUACAAGAAGAUCAUUCCGAAGAUUUUUACUAAGCCGAAGAAACCACAAAGAACCCCUAUUGAAGAAGUUGAUCUUUCCAAUGUGCAACUUCCUCGUUAACCCUCGAAGUUGCAGCUACAAGAGGAGGCGUUAUAGUACAGAAAUUUACCCCUACCACUAAAGAAGAGGAUCGAGUUUCCCUGGAUCAGCGCUUUGCCUUAUCCAGUCUUAUUUUAUUGUAUUCAGAGUUAGUCAGUCUGUUGUUAGCGCUCAUACUAUAUACAUCAAUAGAAUUGUAUUUUUGAUAAUCAAGAAUAAAUCUUUUUAAUAAGCAAGUAGACUGACCGGUCAGAUAAUUCGCGUCAAAGGUCGUUACAACGUUGGAAGCAUGGUUCGUUACUCUCCCACACGAGAUGUCAUGUGUUUGAUGGUUUUAGGUUAGAACCAGUAGCGGCGAAAAACAUUAUUUAUUUGAUUGCUGUGAUUGUGGUGAAGUAGUGGUAUGUGGGAAGUAUUUUGAUUUGAAUACCUACCUCUUCAUAAUAAUGUAUGUUCCUUAACUAACUUUUAACGAGAAUGGAUUAAAUCAGUAUACAUACAAACUAUAGGCUGCCAUAACAACACUUUUUUCAUAUUGCUAUUUUGUACGUUUUGCAGGUGAGUUAUGGCUGACCUUAUGAUUUGUAUUUUAGUAAAUUAUAAA